AUGGGGAAUGUACCCAGUAUGGGCGGCAUGGGUAAUCUUGGCUCAGUGAACAUGAAUGCCAACACUAUCGGCGGUUUAGGAGCCGGUGGCAGCAUGCUAGGCGGAGCGGGGGGAGGUCUUAUGGGCCCCCCUGUGAUUCCUCAAUCCAUUCAGCGACCAGAAAGAGACCAAAUAAUGCAGAGAGAACGCUCGAGCUCGCUCCAUGCACGUGAACAGAGUAUACCUCCGGCGUCUGCUGCACCGUUUAUGGGUCAGAGUCUUGAUAAUGCCAGCGUCCAGGGAUUGGGAAAUAUGGCUGGUGGCAUGGGUGGCAUGCCUCGGCAACAAUCCCAACCGCCAAUCAACGCGCAUCAACAAUCCCCUGCCCGUCAAAUCCCCUCCGGCCACCGUUCCCCCAUGCCCCUUGUUCGCAAGGCCGGAGAGAUACCCGCCACACCGGCGCUUUCCGGCACCCCAAACCCCGCCGCACCACAUCCAGGCGCAGCUGCGGUCCCGAAACUCCCCCCUCAUCUUGCAGGGCUCAAUCCCGCCGUAACCAAGAUCUCGUUAAUCCCUUACACCGUCAAAGUCGAAGAUCCAGUAACAUUGCUGACCCCAUCGGAGAUCACCAUGUUGAAGGAAAUCAUGAAGCGCGAUACAGCAUACGAUGCACUACACCGUACCAAACAAGCACGUAUGGCCCAGGAAUUGCGCACGCAUGGUCCUGCGUCGCGAAGUGCCUGGUGGGAACGUGAUCACGUUCCGACCAUGGGCAUGAACCGUAGGCCCGAACGUUUCGAUGUGAGAUAUCCAAGAGCACCCAAUGCGGACCGGGGCUCGAAUAUCAAUUCGAGGAAGAAAGGUGUGAGGAGAGAAGGCAUUCGGAUCCCUAGGAAGCUUCCACCUCAGCUGGCCAACCGCCCUGAGCAACUCGUGCCGAUCAGACUUGAGUUCGAUGUGGAGCAUCAUAAGAUGCGCGAGACCUUUGUAUGGAAUCUGAAUGAUCCUGUCAUCACUCCCGAGCAUUUUGCGCAGACGCUCAUCGAGGAUUAUGCGCUACCCCAGAGUUAUCACGGUGUCAUCACGAGAGCGAUUCAAGAGCAGUUGAGCGACUUCAAGGCUCAUAUUGCCCGCCUUCUUGAAGAUGAUGACCUGACCAUGGUGGACCGGGGUAGUCUUGACGACGAGGACGUGAAAUGGUGGGAAUCAUGGCGCAAGCGAUCACGGCAAGAAAGCGCAUUUACUCGCAGCAUAUCCUUGAGGAAUCAACGUAAGCGUCGUAAGGUGACCUCAGUCACAGUCGAGGAAAGUGACGCAUUCGAGACUGACAAGGAAAUACCACACAUUGUGGAUGAGAUCGAGAUCGAUGAGAAGACGGUGCAUGAGGAUUUACGGAUCUUAAUCAAGCUCGACAUUAUCGUCGGAUCUAUGAAGCUCGAUGAUCAGUUUGAAUGGGACCUUGAGAAUGUGGAUGCUUCCCCUGAACAAUUCGCGGACAUAUAUGUGAAAGAGUUGGGCCUUGGUGGGGAAUUCAAAACGGCCAUCGCACAUUGCAUACGCGAACAAGUUCAAAUUUAUCAAAAAUCGCUGUUCCUCGUUGGUCACCCCUCAGAUGGUUCUACCGUCCAAGACGAUGACCUGCGCAUGUCCUUCCUGCCCAGCCUUGCAUCCGGCGCUAGAGCAAUGGAUCAAGUACCAUCGUUCACACCUUUGCUCAACUAUCUCAGCGACGGCGAGAUUGAACGUAGUGAGAAGGAGAGGGAGAAAGAGCUCACCAAGCGCAGGAAACGGAAUACUCGAGGACGUCGAGGUAUUGCCUUGCCAGAUCGGGAGCCUAAUCGCACGUACCGCACGCCUGCCUUGGGUUUCCCAGAGCUGGAUGCUGCAACCCUUGCGUUGGCCGCUGCGAACGCGCCAACUACUUCGAGACGUGCUGCGGCCGCCGCCGCUUCUCUCACGAUUGCCAACAUGGUUGCCUCAGAAAAUGGCACAAGCGUCAUGCCGCUGCAGCUGCCUCCCCAGCAGAUCAUAUCUACUGCUGUCACUACUGGAAAAGAGAAGAAACCGAAAGGGUUGUUCAAGGCGCCAUCGUAUCCUUCUUCUGUCCUUCGGCCUCGUGCUCAGGUCACUGCUCCCACACCAUCGACAGCGGUUGAAUCGACGUCGAUGUUGCCUCCAUCGUUCCUUGAUACUGAAGCACCUGCCUCCUCAGUUAGUAUCCCUGCCCCCGAUUCGCGAGCUGUCGCAAAGAAGGCCAAGGAGCUCGAAAGGGAGGCUAAGGAAAAAGAAUUUGUCGACGGACAGCAUGCUAAUGUGAUCAAUGGGGUGUGGCACUGCUCUAACUGUGGCUGUCCGGAUAGCGUUGCCAUCGGACGAAGAAAGGGUCCUUUGGGCGACAAAUCACAAUGUGGCACAUGCGGCAAAUUCUGGCAUCGACACCGCAGACCACGUCCUGUAACAUAUAACCAAGAUCCUGAUUACCAUUUGAGCCUCAGGCGCGAAACAGAACAGGUUAAAACCGGGGUGAAACGAAAAGGACGAGCGCCGAAUUCUCAGGUGGCUGCUGAUGGCCAAGAUACGCCUAGUCGACAGAAAUUAGACCUUUUCGUCGAUAUCUCUACUCGAUUGCCUGUACCGGCUUCCGAAGACGACAGAGCCAUGUCGCCAGUAUCGACUGCGUCUAGUGAUACAGAAGCUCCUCUUGCCCAACGCGUCACAAAAGUCAAUGGUGCCAAUCACGCAGGAGUUGCGUCGUCAUCUGGGACCCCUCCUCCAACAAGCAACGGGAUUGUACGUCCCAAGUCACCCAGGGAAAGUAGUGCUCCACUUCCAAACGGCUCAUACGUGAGCGUUUUCCCUCUGAGACCAGGAUCUUAUUGA